AUGGCUUCAAGUGUGAACGCGACAGAUGUUGGCGUCAAUGGGAACGGUGGUGUACGGCGCACACCUACCGGUGAGCAGUCUAACGAACCGUCUAAGGGCAGGCCGACUGGCUCCGCUUCUGGUGGUAAGGAAAAGUCAACUUUUCUAACCAAUAAAUGCAUACUGAGGACCGUAACCGCAUUCCUGGCAAGCAGCAAACGCAAUUCUUACAAUGCACAGGAGCGCGCCAAACAGACGAAUAAGCGGCGUCGACAGCGCAAGAUGGACGAAUUGAGCGGUAAAAUUAAUCCAAAAAUGUUGGAGAACUUACGUAAAAAGACAAAGUUUAGCAAAGAUGAGUUGGAUGCCCUAUGUCGAAUUUAUCGAAAACUCAUAUCAAAUUGUCAAUAUGCCGCAAAAACGUUGGCUGCCGGCGGUUCGAGUGCGGCAAUAGUAAAGCCGCAUGCUGCAGUGGAGGGCGUCGAUCGCAUCGUCUUUCGUGAGUUGCUGCACAGCACCUUUGAUAUUGUAACGGAAGAAAUACUUAUGGAACGCAUAUUUUGUUGUUGGGACCGUGCACACGAGGGUCUUCCACUGCGUUUGGAUGGUUGGCUGACGGGUUUGUCGAUAUUCUUACGUGGCUCGCUAGCCGAACGCGCUAACUUUUGCUUCCGCGUUUACGACUUGAAUGGUGAUGGGUUCAUAACGAAGGAUGAAAUGUUUACGCUGCUACGCAACUGUCUUAUCAAACAGCCCCAGGACGAGGAUCCCGAUGAGGGUGUCAAGGAUUUGGUAGAGAUUGUGUUGAAGAAGUUCGAUUUGGAUAAAGAUGGCAAGGUAUCGAUCGAAGACUUUAUGGACACAGUUGAAGCAGAGCCAUUGCUACUGCAAGCCUUUGGCCAAUGCUUGCCAUCCGAAACGGCUACAGUUUCAUUCUUUUCAACGCUACAGAUUUAAAAUAAAUUAGCAAAGUAAAGUUUAAAAAGCAAAACUCGAUGUAGGAAAAAAGUUUG